ACAUUGGGUAUCCCUACUUUCGACUUCGUCACGGAGAUAAUCCGGUUCCUAGCGAUAGAAAGAGGGGUGAAGAAAGCCAUAACGGUCGGAAUGGAAAUUUUGUCUUUGCUUUUUCUCAUCUUCUUUCUUUCCUACUUGCUAGGUUGCUUGCCUGGACACUUGCUACCUUGCUGCGUUUUCUGUAUGUAUGUUUCUAUUACUAGGUAGGUCUGUGUGUGCAUACAUACGCAGAGAGAGGGAGGAGGGGAGGAGAGAGAGAGACCAGCCCUACAUCAGAAAAGUAGACAAAACACACAGACCCAGAGAAAAAGAAAACACAGCCUGGCAAAGCGAAGCAACGCAAAACGGACCAGGUUCACGACAGGAUCCCUACAGCAUCCAGGCCGAGUGGGAAUUCUAUUUGGGGCGGGGAGUCCUAGCUUUUUUCUUUUUUCUUUCUUUCUUUUUUUUUAUCCAUUUUUAAUAGGAAAGAAGAUAAAUAAAACAAAAUAGAAUAUAUGAAA